UUGAUCUCUCGGGGGUUCUAGUGAUAUUUCUAAGUGAUAUUUAUUUAAAAAAAAAAAACUGUUGUAAAGUGUCUUAAUUUACGGGUUUUCUUAAAUCAGUGCGCAAAAUGAACGUGAUUGUAGAGUGCGCAUAUCAAUUCAAUUGUGUGAAAAAAUUUGUGUGAUAUAUUUAUUUAUAUUUUUUUUUUGUUGUGACAUAUUGUGAUUUAAAAAAAAUUUCGGUGAAAAUUUGUGAUGAUACGUUUUCUUGUUGGUUCUUGUACGCGUUGUUGGAAGUUUUUUGCGCUUAGCGAAAAAUUUGCGAUCAAAUAAUAUAGAAUUUGCUUAAUUAAUAUUUGGGUUAUCUAAUUCCGUCUGGACAGAGAGUUAUUUCUACUUGUUGUCCUUGGAUGAUUGUGUUUCAACAACCGCUGAUGUUUUCACAUACACAUGUUUCCGUUUCUGCUACAUAUGACCAUGGAGAGAUAAACAAUUUUCGUGAGAAUGAGGAACGGUUACGAGCUCAACAUGCUGAAUCUCAACAACGUGAAAAAGUUCUUGUGCGACGACUUGCGGCUAAAGAACAAGAAAUGCAAGAUGUAGCUGCUCAAAUGGCCGAAUUAAAGACGAGUCAAACAGCAACAACGUCUGGUUUACGAUCAGCUUUAUUGGAUCCAGCUGUAAAUAUUUUAUUACAAAGAUUACGACACGAAUUGUUAACGUCAAGAACACGUUUAGAUGAAACACAAAAUGAAUUAUCCGCAUGGAAAUUUACACCAGAUUCAAAUACUGGUAAACGUUUAAUGGCGAAAUGUCGUUUAUUGUAUACAGAAAAUGAAGAAUUAGGUAAAUUAACAAAUAGUGGUCGUGUCGCUAAAUUGGAAGGUGAAUUAGCCUUACAGAAAAGUUUUAGUGAGGAAGUUAAAAAAUCACAAUCAGAAUUAGAUGAAUUCCUUCAAGAUUUGGAUGAAGAUGUUGAAGGUAUGCAAAGUACAAUUUAUUAUUUACAACAAGAAUUACGUAAAACAAAAGAUAGCGUUGCAAUAAUGGAACGUGAAUUACAAACAUUACGUCAACCAGCAUCAAAUUCAACGACAACAUCAACAGUAGCACCUAGUUCACAUAAUAAUAAUAAUAAUAAUAUAACUGUAUCAUCAUCACAAACUGUAACAAACUGUAAUAGAUCUAAAACACCAGACAUUCAUGUAAAUAGUAAUAUAACGACAACAGACUCAUCCCCACAUCAUUUAGUGAAUAACGAUACAGUUACAACGAAUGGUAAUUGUAAUAAAAUUAGUGAAAGUGAUUUAAGUAGAACUAAAACAAACUCAAACACGGUAUGCGAUUCUGACUCUGAACCAGAAUUAAUAAUCAAGGUAUCGGAUAAAGAAAUAUGUGAUGAUGAUUCAAGAGACGAUCAUGAUACAAAACAGACAAUGGAUCCAUCGUCAACUGGGGCUGGGGGUGGUGUUGUGACACAAAUGAAUGGUGCAGGUGCAGGUGGUGAUGUAGCAAGCAGUAACUGUGGAAGUGCUGGUAAUAAUAAUAAAAGGACGUACGAUUCAAGCGAUUCAAAUGAAAGUCAUGUCAUACAAAAUACACAAUUAAAUCGAUCAUGUUCACAAACUAAAAGUAAUGUUAAUAAAAAAGUACGCAGAUCAUCUGUUUUAUCACUUGAAUAUAACGAUGAUAAUAUGCUAGAUGAGGAUGCGUUGAUUAUAUCAACCAAUGGAGAUGGUACGAUAUCAGAUGCUGAUUAAAUCUUUUUUUAUAAUCAAUCAAUCAAUCAAUAGUUUAUAUACACUGAUCAUUUUAUACUCUUUAUCUACAUUCAGCAAAUUGUACAAGAAAAUUAGACUAAAUUAGACUCCGCCACAAAUAAAAACUUGGCAAUUUUUAUUUACUUAAAAAUACACAAUAUGUGAAGAUGCGUUCCUUCAAUUUAUUCGAAUACUUGAGGUGUCUUACAUGGCAAUCGGAAAGUUAGAUUAAUUUUUAAAAUGAAACCAAUUUUAAUCUUUAUCCUGACAUACGGUCAUUGUCACGGUCUAGACGAAGCUAUAAAAUUUAAAGCCAAGCUUAAAGCCUACAGCUUCUCCGCCAGGAUUUCUAUCAGAAUUCAUGGAUCCAGGGUUUCAGAUCCAAAAUGCUAAACCUGACAUGCUGCAGGAGCAAAUAACAUGUAUAGAGGUUUAAUCGUCCUUCAUACAGGCCGUACAAAUGAGAUCCCCAUGUUAUGAAAGUGAUAGUUCAAUCGACAGUGUCCUGUUAAGAGUCCUACCACCCUUCUAAACUGUGAUCUAUAUCACAACAGUUUCCAAAAAAGAGCGUGUAUCCUGAACUUUCGAUUACAAAUGAUCUUGAAUUUCAGAUUGUCAAGACAAUACUUUGAGUCUUAAAGUAAAUUGGAGAAAUUCAUCUUCAAGUAUAAUUCUUAAAACUUUACAAUGAGCCCUAAUAGAUUCAAAAAGGAUGAAGGAAAACAAAGCUACAUGUUCGGAAAAAAAUGAACUUUCCCGUACAUUUUGUAAAAUGAUGAAACCGUCUUUUAAUACCUCUAUUGAUUGAGCUCAAUUCAUUAAGAGAACAUCAUAAUAUAUUAUUGUAGUCCUCAUUUUUUAUAUUAUUAUUUAGGUAGCGUUAUUACGCAGCGAAUGUAUGUAAACUAUUCCUAGAAAGAGUUCGAAAAAUAUACGUUUGAUCGGAAUAAAAUGUUUUUACACUUUGUAACAUAUAUAUUAUCUGUAUUCCAAAAUUAAAUGGCAAGAAAAUUUGAGAGUCCGUUGUCAAAAUCGUGUCUCACAACUUUGUAAAAAUAUUCUUAGCCGCGAAUUUCUCUUAAACUUUUAAUCGCGUGGCAAACUUACAAUUGAUAAAUAUUUAUUAAGCACGAUAUUUAAAUAAGAAGAUAAUUAAAUAAAAACAAAAAUCAUUUUCUACGACACAAAGUCGCAUGUCCGACGUUCGACAUCGAACUAUAACUAUGACGUUAUUUUGAGUGACAAAGAAAAUAAAUUUUCUUUUAUUCAAUCACAAUCUUAUUUGAAUAUUUUCCACGACAACAUUGAUACGUUUGAAAGAACAGAACACUGUUAUUAAAAUUAUCGUAUUUUGUGAUAACAGUCUCUUAAAUUUUCCAUUCUUUUUCAACGAGUGGCUGGCUCUAGACUUGAAGUAAUAUUUUUGGCGUUAAAUGAACAUAAAACAUAAAACAUAUGAUGCGUGUGUAUGAAGCUGCGUAACAUUUUGUUGUGUGAUUAUAAUUCUUAGUAAUUGAACUAUUUUAUUAAUUUAAUAAAUUGUAUAGUAUAUAUAUAUAUAUAUGAA